AUGCUGAUGAGAGGAAAGGAAGACGUGAUGAACGAAGCCGAAGUCCCCGCGGCGACCAACGCCACCACCACCACCACCACCACAAUGAUCGCCGUCGCCACUCGCCAGAGGACAGGGCGAGGGAUACUACUCCUACGAAGAGAAGACGGUCGAUCUCGGCCGAAGCUGAAGGAUGAUGGCAGAAAGGAAGAUCCGGAGUUGACGCUUCAGCAACGAGAAUACCAGCUCCGAGAGAAACUCUUACGGGAAAGGAUCAAGCGGUCACGGAAGAACAGUGCCGUCAGCACUAACAGCAACGAUGAGAGUGUGAAGAAUGAACCGAGCGAUUAG